AUGGAUAAUCAAAAAUAUAAAUUCUAAAACAUAAUUGAUUUUAAAAUGUAGUUUAUUUUAACAUGUAGUUUACUCUAAAACAGCGUUUUGAAACUAUUUAUAGAGUUGUAGAGAUGAUUAAAUUGAGUAACAUGUCUAUUUGUGUUGGGGGUGACUUGCUAUUAACGAUAAAUGGUUGAUCAAAACUAUUUUUUUAACAUAAAGUUCAAAUUUGACUGUUAUUAAUUAUUUUUGUCGUAGAUUAAUGUUUUCUUCGCUUCAUAUUAUGAAAACUUUCACUCUUAUAAAGAAAUGCAAAAUACUUACUUUGAUUUUCUAUUUUUGAUGCAAUAGCUAAAAAACAUUAUUUAAAACUUUGGCUGUCACGUUGAAUUCAUAUGUUUCGUUCAAGACGCCACGGUAGUAUUUUUAUUAUUCAAGAUUUUAUAGAAAUAAAUCUUUUAUUUUCAAUGUUCCAAUAAAAAUUUGUAAUUGUUUAUUGGGGCAUUUUUUAUUUAAAAUUAUAUUCUAAUUAGCGAUAAUCUUGAAAAAGCACUAACUGUAAAUUUUUAUUCAACUUUUAAGAUUGUAAAUAUUCAAGCGCGCCCGUCGGUCACCGAUGAAUACCAUGGCGUCACAAGAGAAAACGUAAUCGGUCAUGUAUCACUAACGUAGCAGUCACAGUGUUAACGGAUUGAAACAAGAGAAGGUUUUAAGUUACGCUUAAAAUGUCUCGCUAAAAUGUAAAAUGUUGUUGAGAUUUUAAAUUUGUUUCUUACGUUUUAUUUCAAUAUUCAAUAUGGAAGCUGUUCAUUCAUUGAUAACUAGGCGUAUUGAAGAUGAGGACAAGGUUUCAGAGGUUAUGAAAGAUUUCAAUAAAAAGGACAAUGAUCAGGAUCGCAUAAUAAAAAUUCUCCAAGUGAUGCAUGAGUUCGAUGUAACUCCUAUUAUUCCAUCACUAACAAAAGAUAAUUCACUCUCGAACAAAUUUCGAAAUAUGGGAGAAGAAUUGUUUAAUGAAGAACCUCUCAAUAUAAACUAUUUUAAAGAAAUAUUAAUUUUAUAUUCAAAGAGUAUAGCUUAUGCGGAACCUUUAUCAACUGAACUUAGUCUGGCCUAUGAAUGCAGAUCCAAUCUUCUAUUAUUUAUGUUUCAAUAUAAAGAGUGCAUUAGUGAUAUUGACAGAGCAUUAUCCUUUAAUAAUUUACCCGAGUAUCAAACCGUCAAAUGUCAUUUGCGAAGAAUACAGUGUUUGCUCACGUUAGGAGAAAGUAUAAAUAAUGAUCUUAUCAAUGCGAUUAAUAUGGCGAAACAGAUGCCAGAGUGUCCUAGAAGACAGAAAUGUCUGAGAAUAGCACAAAAUUUAGAAAGAAUGGCACAAGGAAUAGGCAUUCCAAAAGUAUCAGUUAAUCAAAGGUACCCAGUAAAAAUUCCAGUAGUUAAGUCUCCGAACGUAGAAGUUCCAUCUGCAUCAGAUGCAGUUGCUAUUGAAUACAAUAGCCAGUGGGGGAGACAUAUUGUUGCUACCCGCGAUAUUGAACCUGGUGAACUCAUUGCAGUAGAGAAAAGUUAUACUUAUAUUUUAAAUCACACAAAUUGUUAUACUCAUUGUUCAAAUUGCACGGAAGGUUCUUUUACUCUUUUACCUUGCGAUUAUUGCUAUUGUUCAAUGUAUUGUUCAGAAAUAUGCCGAUCUGACCACUGGAAGAAAUUUCAUGAAAUAGAAUGUCCUGUAUUUUCUAUACUGUACGAGAUUUCAAAUGAUGAUAACGAAAAAUUUAAUUUUUUCUGUAUAAGACUCGUAUUACAAGCAUUAAGAGAGUUUGGAAGUAUACAAGCUUUAAAAAAUCAACUUCUUCUUUUAAAGGAAAGUAACAAACAGCGUGAUCCUAGAACACAAGGAUUUGAUUCCAAUAUGCAGUUUCUUAGUAAUAAAUAUACAAGUAUAUAUAGUCUUACAACAAAUACUGAUAAAAGAUCAUCUUUUGAUAUAUUUAGAAGAGGUUUAAGUUCUUGUACUCUUCUAUAUUUAUUGGUCAAUUAUUCUACGUUUUUUGGAGAAAAAAAAAACAUGAAAAUAUCUGAAAUAGCCGAAUAUGACGAUGCUACGUUCAUUGGUGGUCUCUUAUUAACUCAUCAACAAAUAAUACCUAGUAACGCUCAUUCUUUAGAGGAAACAUAUCGUUAUGAUCCUAAACAACGAGGAAUGGUAGCUAUGGCAUUUUACAGUCUGUUCAAUCACAGUUGUUCGGCGAAUGUAUUAAGAUAUUCUGCAGGCACAAGCACAGUUAUGCGUUCUAUAUUUCCUAUAAAGAAAGGAGAACAGCUUUUUGAUAAUUAUGGUUAUCAUUUUGGUGUAACGGUAAGAGCAAGAAGACGAGAGGGACUUCUAGGACAAUAUUAUUUCUUCUGCGAAUGCAUAGCAUGCAAAGAUAAUUGGCGUACAGAUGCUGAACUACCUAAUGUCAAAGAAUUGAUAAAACCACCGAUUAAGAGAUCGUUCAUUUCAAAAUCCUUAAAAAUGCUCGAUCAUUACAUCAUUUUUUUAGGUAGUGCAACACCCAAAAUUAUUGAAGAGAGACAAGAUAUACUACAAGCUUUAUUAAACAUGUUAAAAACGUUAUAUAAUAGUUCUUUAUAUCCUUCUUCGGAAUUUAUUAAUAUUGUGGAAACUAUAAAAUAUGCUUGUAGCAUGCUUGGUAACGUAUAUUAUUUUCCUGAGAUAAAAGAAGAAAAUUGGGCCUAAUUUACUAAAUUAUUAUAUUAAAUUAUUGUAUGUGUAUUUUCGUAUUUUAUUUUUUUAUAUUAACUCUUUCGCUACUACAGGCGACUAUAGUCGUUCUCCAUAAAAUUCUAUGUAUUUUACAUAUGUAGAACGUUUACGAUUAUAGCACAUCAAAUAUCCCACUCUGAACGUAUAAUUUUAGUGUUUAAUUUUUUUUGGACCAAAAAUCGUUUAUAUCUACAACAAAAUACUUCAAAAAUGAGUCUCGACUGCUGAUGAAAUCGGUUUUUCGCGCAACUUGCAGUUUUGAUGCUGUACUUCACAGUGGCCUGUUCAGGUGGAGUACCGCCCCGGAAAUCAUGCCCGUAGCGAAAAGGUUAAUUGACCAUUCUGUGAAAGAGUUCUUAUAAUCAAAAUUUUUUAUUAGUAUUAUAGAUAAUACAUGUAUGUAUUGAAAACUAAUGUAAUGCAAUGUAAUGGAAUGUAUUGAAAACUAAUUCACAUCGCUAACUAUUUUAUUAUAUGUUCGGAAAAUAUACAUUACAAAAAUAUAAUACUUGAAUUAUUCUAUUUUCUGAGGUAGAUAAUUCAAUAAUGAAACAUACUGCCAGUACUAAUAUAAAUACAGAUUAUAAGAUGCAUUUGGACAUUACAUUGUAAAGUACUUGUAAGUAUUUAAAUAAGUAUAAUAAGGCUAUGAAUACUUGUAGAAAAGUAAUUACUCGAAUAAUAUAUUAUCCUUAAAAAUUCUUAAAAAUAUAUUAA